GUAAGAAUUCCGGAUAAGAUCGAUUCCGAUCGAUUCAUUUACAUUUUGUUCAAACGUUGGAAAUACUCAUCUAUCGUCUUAUCCGUUCACAUACAAUAUGUAUAUGCCCCUUCCCAUCCCUCAACUCGUCAUCUGUAAAUAUCUAAGCGCAAACAGGUUUACUGCGUCAUUUGAGUGAUUCGACUCACGAGAGAAGAACUUCUGCAACACUACAACUCUACCUGACUUUACCAUGCCUGUCAAAACUGGUUAUUGGAAUCUUCGUGGGUACAUGCAACCCAUUCGACUUCUUUUGGCCUAUGCUGGGGUUGAGUAUGAGGACAAGCGUUAUAGUAUUGGACCGGCUCCCGAUUAUGACAGGAGUGAGUGGUUGAACGACAAGUUUAACCUAGGUCUGGAUUUUCCAAAUUGCCCUUACUACAUUGAUGGAGAUGUGAAGCUUUCACAAACUUUUGCCAUUCUGAAAUAUUUGGGCCGCAAGCAUAACUUGGUAGCCAAGACUGAGGAGGAGCAAAUUAGAGUGGACUUGAUAGAGGCAGAAGCCAUCGAUAUGCGAAUAAGGUGGUCCACACUGUGCUAUAAUGCCGAUUUUGAGAAGAUGAAACCAGAUUACAUUAAAAAUGUUGCAGUGAAGUUGAAGGAAGUUUCCACCUUUCUGGGAAGUCAUCCAUAUUUUGCAGGACAGAAUAUUACCUACAUUGAUUUUGUAAUGUAUGAGUUAUUGGACCAGAACUCUCAAUUGAUUCCUGGGUUGCUUGAUGAAUUCCCAAAUCUGAAAGAAUUUCACGCGAGAAUCGGAGGGCUAGAGAAAGUUGCAGCUUAUCUUAGUUCGGAUAAAUUCAUCAAGUAUCCUUUUAAUGGACCUAGCGCUCAGUGGGGUGGAAAAUAAGCCACAUUUUUAUCUAUGGUGUAUAACCACUAUCAUCUGUUAACUUUAUCUUGUUUUUUUUUUGUUAGGAUUUACUAGAUAAAGUAUAACAAAACUUGUUCAACAUUCCUUGUUGAGUAAUACAACGUUAAUGAGAAA